GUCUUUCCUGAAUGUGAAUGCGCUUUCUCUUGACCUAACCUGUUUUUCCACUCUGUCGUCACUGCGGCACCUGAGAGGAUCCACUUACCGGAAGUGAAAGGUUGUUGUCACCUGGGCGGACUCCUCAGGUGAGGCCUCGCAGUUAUUGCAGACAGAAACAUCGAUACAACGAACAAAAAGUUGGGAAUAUUGUUCUGUCUUUGUGAGAAACCUUUCUGUUCAUCUUUUUUGUGUAUAGUGAAGAAGGAAAGUAGUCGUGUCUGAAGAGAAGGACCAAACUUAUCGGUAUGUCUCUCGGCGGGCUGGUUUCGGUGGCUUUGUUCCUCCUCGCAGCUACAGGUGAGUGAUCGUAGAUCUACGUUAUUUUUUGGUUUGAGACCAGUAACCGUCCAUUUAGUCCCAUUUAUCCACAAACUCACCAACAAAAACACGAAUAUCUUCAAACAAUGAGUUAAAUAAACAGUUACGUUGUUGUUAUUCAUCCUCAAAUAACCCCAGGCCUGGUCCCGUGUUGGCCUAGUCAGCAAUUGUUAUGUUGGUCUGAUUUUAGGAGGUGAGUAAGAAGAAAAAAGUAGUUUUUUCACUUUUGAAGAAAGAAAGAUGUUGCAGGAUAUGUUGCAAUUCUGUUUGAAUACGAAAUAACAGCAAUACAAGUUCAGGAGUUGGAAGUCCAGGCCCAAAGCAGCUGUUAUAGCCAUAAAAAUGUGGAGGUGUGUUGAGAUGAGGUUUAAAGUUUCUUCCUUUUUUUGAUAAAAAAAUAACUCAAUCAAGUUUGUUUAUAGAGCACUUGAAAUACAAUCAAGCUCAUACAAAGUGCUGUACAUAAUAACAUAAAAAACAUACAACAACAAUAAAUAUUUGUUUUAAAAUAUAAUAAAUAGCCAUAAAAAAGUUAGUAAAAUAGUUUUGGGAAUACCUGUUAUUGUAGUGUCUUUUUACAAAAAGUGAUUUUACAACCAUGCUUAUGAACGUUAAACUGAGACAACAAGAUAAGUAAUGAUCACUCACAAGAUUUAAAAAGGAUUGAUUAUUUUUCUCAUGUGAUUUCUAACCUCUUUAGGAAGAAUCUUUCAAAAUUCUGUGGUCAAGCAGGACUCUUUCUUUCAUUUUGCAUGUUAUCGUAUAACUGUAAUAGAUGUUUGUCUGUUACACAAGUAAACUUAACCUAAAUGUGUGAACCACAAAUCCAGCUGCUGGUCCCGGGGAAAGGUAUAAGAUCAUAAACUUGUAGCAUGGGAUCUGCAAAUUCAGAUUCCUACAACAUGUGCGAAUUGAAUUUGUAAACCUGCAAUUUAGUACAGCUUCUCUGUACCAAAAUAUCACUCACACAUUUCAUUGGGGUGUCAGCGUUGUGGGGUUGUGUUGGUAGGGUUUUAAAACAGAGUAGUUCUUCUAGAUUUGUUUUGAUUAUAGUAAUUAUUCCUCCAGCUGCUCCCCGGGCUGGUCAAUGCUUUGCUCUGCUGUAAAUCUCAUCAGUGCACCUGCAGCACAGUCUGCUUUAUGGAGGAGCUUUAAGGCAUAUCGCUUUGAAUCUGUUGCUGUGAGUAGAAACAUUUACAACACACUGGUUUUCUCCAGCACUCUGACCUGCAGAUACUCCCUCUUUUUUAACCUCGUAGGAUUUUUAUCAUUACCCCAACCCUGAAACUUGCCAAGUAUGCAAACAAAGGAGUCAUGCAGAGCUCCGGUUUCAUUUUACACCAGAGGCUUAUCUCACCAAACCAAAACUGUGACUGUGCUGCCUUAUCUCUGCCAAGAUGCCCGUGAGAAAUAUCUGCAGGGUGUCAUGGAAUAACAUUAAAGUAUCUACAAAGACAACGUGGAAACUUUGAUUAAUGAGAGUACAAUAUUAGCACACAGCCUCAAUUUAAGUCUUGCCUGAAGUUUAGUUUAAAUUUAGCAUUAAGUCAAUGAUUAACUGGCCUUUGCUGCUUAUCUGUGAAGCUGAAGCUCCUCUGAAUAACACAAGUCUACCAGACAAUAAGUAAUUACACAAAUCCUAACACACCCAAUAAUUAAAGUAAUGGCAGUGGAGUAAUGUAACACAAAAAAGAUGCACACAUGAUAUGUCAGACACUUUAUAACGUAGGCGCAUGUUUAUUUUGUAUGGUAGUAGAGUGCUGCGCCUGAAAAGACCCAGUAUCUACUUCAGUGUUGACAGUUUCACCGGAAGUUUUCUGGCUCAGUCGUCAGGAAUGAGACACUUUUAUGUUGUGGUCACACCCUGAAGGCUUGUGAGCAUGCUCAGAGAGUUUGAGAUGGUAUGUGUGCUUCAGUAUUGACUGCUAUUUUUUUUUAAAAUCUGAUUUAGCAUGGCAUUUUAUAAAGUAUGUCUUUCAAAGAUACAGUUAAAAAUAGAGAUAGAGGGAGUUGGAUGUAUGAAAGUAUCCUUUCAUUCAUUAAUAAUACAACCAUAGGCAUUCUAACCAAUAAAGCUGAUUAAGAUUAAAUUGUGCACUAAAAUUUUGCUUGAAAAUGGGUUAAAGUUAUUAAUCCUAUUUCACUUAUGACCCCACUUUUAUAAAAGUUAAAUUUACGUGAAAACAGCUAAAAGACAACAUAUGUGUUGAAACAAGAGUCUUUAUGGUUUUAUAAAAAAGUAAUGCUUAAUUCUAAUUUGAUGCAAGCAACACGUUUCAACAAGGCUGGGAUGGAGACUACAAAAAUGUGAAAGAGUUGUGUAAUUCAGACAAAAACACCUGGAGGGACCUCUUCAGAAAAAUGAGUUUAAUUUGUAACAGGUUAGUGACGUAACUGUGUGUGCAGGAGCGUCACAGAGAGGCCCAGUGUCUCAGAAGUAAAGAUGGGAAGAGGUUCAUCAAUUUGUGAGAGGCUGUGUGAAAUUGGUUAAACAAUUUCAGACAACUUGUUCCACAACAUAAAAUAGUGUAGUGAGGCGAUACUUUUCUGAACUGUUUUUGACCAAAACCCCACAAGAAGGGAGAUCUACAUGUGGUCUCCAAUACAAGUCUUUAACAAGUUAUCCAGGGGACUCUCAUUAGGUCCCAAGAGAUCAGACAAUAUAGGCCUUUCAUACUUAAAUUCAGGUAAGACUUCCUACCAUAUGGAGACAAGGACCAACAUCUAGACUCUAAAAUCUAGAUUCAAAUCAUAACUUAUUGGAUGAGACACCUGUUACCCUGUUCUUUUGGUGCAAACAGAAGAACUACAAAGGGUGUAAUGUGGAUGUUUGAUGGACUGUACAAUAUGAUUUUCUGUCCAUGCAUAACAUUUGCAGUAAAAUGGUCUUUAUCUCAUCCUUCCAGGUAGCCCAGUAGCCGAGAAAUUAAUGUGACAGAUUAAAUCCAGAGUUUAUGUACUUUCCAGAGUUAAAAUAAUUGAAUAUGAAUCAUAACCUACGUGACAGAAAUAGUUUAGAAAUUUUUGGUUCAUAUUUUGAUCAUUUGAACACAAACCGCCGCAUUUGUGGUUUUAAAGACUGCAGAACUGUAUCUGCUGUUGAGGGAUUUGUCCCUUUGACUCUCGUUCCUGUGAAGGAUUUCAUUGAACCAAUCCGCUCAUGAGGAGACGGUGUAAAGCUCUGGCUGUGUUUGAGGGUACAGAUGCUGUCUGCCCUGAGAUGUUAACCCUUUGUUUUCAGGGGAGAGACUGACUCAUUAAAAGAUAAGGUCUUAAAAGAUAAGGUCCUUUUAAGGGGGCAGAGCCAAAAGCCCCUUCCUAUGACCUCCUGUGACUCCAAACUUCUCCAAGUUCUUAGUUCAGUUACUUGUGUUGAGCCCAACUCUACACUGCCCUGUAUGGGGGUUUUUGGUAUUGAGCUGACACUUUUAUUAUCUACCAACUGCACAGUCUCUCUGUAUCUUAUACUUUUCUCUCCAUUAGAUAUCCAACCAAACAGACUCUUUCUCUUUAUGAGGUACUGAUAAAGUAGGUCAGUCAGUUUUUACUUUAAGUAAAACCCAUAAACCAAUCACCUGCAUUUCUUAACCGUAACCAAACAUGCCUGACACAAGAGAAUCCAGUCAGAGAGACCCCCUGAAGGACAAGCCCACAGUGUUGGCAAACAUGACCAGUCAGCUGACACAUGACUAAAAUUCAAAAAGCGAAACCUUCGAAUCUAGAGGAUGCAGUGGCUGGCCUACUUGAAACAAGCUUAGCCUUGACACUUGAAGACAAAGAGCUCACUCGACGCAUGUCCGUCAUGAUUUCAUCUCAGCUCGAGUGUAAAGACUACCUGUCUGUCAAAAUGAAGGCGCAAAGAGAGUGUUGUCAAAUGAAGAGGUGAUGCAUGAUGGGAAACAUGCCCCUGUCCCAACUUCUUAUAAAACGUGUUACUGUUAUCAAUUUAUUCACUAAACAUUAAUAUUUUUCAACUUUAAUGUGUUAUAUUUCUACUAUUUUUUAAUUUGGCUAAGAGUUUAAAUAUUUGCAAAUCAUCAAAUUCUGUUUUAUAAACAUUUUACACAACUUCCUUUUUUUGAAUGGGGGUUUUAUUUUUUGAUGAUGUCAUGGAUCACUUUAUCAAGACAUUAGACAAAUAUUAAAACAGCCUGUUGCAGGUACUCAAUGACCUGACGGAUGCAUUUAGAUCAUUUUAUAUGUCAGAGAGUGCAAACAAAAACACCUGUCAUCUACUGUAAAAUAACAAGGAUAAUAAAUUUUAUUUAUAAUUUGCUUUUACAGGUGCUCAAAGACGCCUUACAAAGAAAUAAAAUAAAAUAAAAUAAAAAGGACAAUUUAAAAUACCAAAAAUUUUGAGAAAUAAAACCAACAAUGUAAAAGUUUAAAAGAGACAGAUUAUGAAAAGACAAUAAAAGAACAGUUCACAAGUUAAAAGACAAAUAUUUUUUUUUUUUUUUUUUUGGUUUGGGAAGUGAUUUCCAGAGGGUGGGGGCAACAGCGGAGAAGGAUCUGUCCCCCCAAGUUCGGUGAAAAUCUGGGAAAUUUAGUCCGUUUUUGUAUCGUUAGAAGAAGAGCCAGAUAUGUGGUCAUUUCAAUGUGAUACAAAUAAAUGUAAUCUCAUUCAGUGUUUUAAACAAACAGAUGAAAACACAUGUAGUGUCUGGUUCCUGAAUUAGUCUCUUCCAUGUAGUUAUGAUAAAAUGACUCUAUUUUCCAGGCUGACAGAGCGCUCAUCUCUCAUGUUUUUCCCUAAAGACAAAAGUGUGGAGCUGAUGCUUAUCUCAAUCUGAACUGAAUCAUCUCAGCUGCAGUUUUUCCAGCCCUCAAAUCUCCUGCAGCUUCUUCUGUUCAUCUUUAUAAAUGUUACAACAGAGAAGGCUUUUAUCUCUCCUUACAGCCGGUGCUGGCUGCACAUGAGGGAAAUGAAAAUAUAUAUUUAUAUAUCCAAGCCUUCAUAUUCUCUUAAAACUACAUUUAUGUCGAAUGUUUUUUUCCCCAGUUGCGGAGUACUUAUUUAUCAUUAAUAUUGUAAUAUGUCUUAAAUUUUGAAAUGUCAGUGAGUACAGCUUGACUCAAUUAUGAUUGAGCAACACCCACAUAGAAGAUUCUCUGGCCAGUCAUUUGACGAUUGCUUCCACCCAGACUGAGUGAAACCGCAGUCGUGAAGGCUGCUGAGUCUUACAUGUUUACUUCUUCUUUUUAACAUCUAACACGUACGUCUCAAAAUGCGAUAUAAGAUCCUGAGAACUUCGGUGACUAAUUUGGUAACACGACUAGUGUUUAAAAAAAGUUUAACAAGUCAAGCUUUGCUCGCACUGUAAUACUUCCCCUCUGUUUGCUGUCUCUGCUAUUUUUGUGCGGAUCCUGUAAUGUCUCUCCAGGAUCAGUAGCAGCCUAUUAUGUACGACUUUGAAACCUAAUUUUUUUGUUUUAUUAUAUUUUUUGUGUCCAGGUGUGGGUGGCUUUUCAGUCACUACCAGUAACGCAGAUGUGCGAGUGAAGGAGAAUGUGGGUAAGUCUCAACCAUCAUGAAUAAAUGUAAUAGAGAGGAGACGCUAGAAAUGGAUAAAUAUUUUAUUGCUGACUUUUUUCAAAGUAUGAACACAAAUAAAGAUAGAACUACUGAGGUAAGGUUGUCCUGUCUCUUCUGUAGUUAUUGGUUAGUGUUAGAUUUCGUCUCUUGAUGUGUUAAGGCGUAUAAGGCGAGUCUACUCAUCGACUGACGUCAAACUUAACCAGAAAGAGAAAUACUGUAUAAUUUACUUCGCUUUUUUCUUUUUCACCACUUCCUUAAAGUUCAACAACUAAGAGGACAAAUAACUAGACAAGCUGUAUUUCCAGUUCAGCAACAUUUUCACCAAUCAUUACUUUGACAGUCAAUGUAAACUUUAAACCACUUCCCAGUUACAGAGAUAGAAUAAAAGCAGAAAAUUCUUUUAAGUUCAUUUUAUCUAGCUUUCACCUGAGUCUGCAGAAGUCUUAUGGUACAGUACAAAUGGCUGAUUUGUAUGAUGGCGUUGGUUCCUAAAAGUAAUCAAAUACAGGACUUUACCUUGCUGUAUGGCUGGGUGUCUCUCUGGAUGUGAACAAAUCAGUGCAGCCUCAGCAAACAUUUUUGGUGUUUUCAUGUAGCGUGUUUUCAUGUGGGGAACAAAUACUUGUGAUUUGGACUUAAGAGUUAGAUUUAUUUUUUGACCUAAAGAAACAUGCAGUGAUGUCUACAUAUAAAAUUCUUUGAAAAGAAAAGUAAAAUUAUUCAUGUAAGAGAGUGCUCUUCUAUUAUUAAUUAUAAACCCUUUGGUUUCAGGGACCGAUCUCACGUGCUCUUAUUCAGGUGACUUCGGUUCGAAUGCCAGAGUUGAGUGGAAGUUUAAGGACCUGAAAGGCUCUCAGGUGUAUGUGGUGUAUGGUGGGAAAGCAACAGGUAAAAAGCUUCACAAUCUUUGUGUGUGUGUCUGUUUCAACAAGUUGUUGAAUGUUUUGGGGCACUUUUGUCUUUUAAACAACUUUUGAUCUUAUUUGUUGGUCUGUCCAUCUGCUUUUCAGUUGGAUUUAAAACAACUUCAUGGAAAAAUUGAUGAAAAGUCUGUUGGGGUUAACUCAGAGUGUGACAUAGACUUAAUGAAAAAUGUCAUCUGUUUUGCUCGUUGCUCUUGAGCUACAGUAAUGAAGUCAAAAUUUAUAUAUUAAGUAUUUCUUCCUUGGCUAACAGAUUAUAAUACAUGAUAAUGAACUUCACAAGAAAGAAUUAUUUAAAAAAAAAAAAAAAAGGACCAUUUAUUCUGGGCGGCUUGAAGUGUUCUGACCAAAUCUCAAGUAUUUUAAAGGCUCAUUUAUGCUGCCUGUACAUUUGAAAAAGGCUAGGUAUGGUUAAUGCGAUAUAGCCGUCACUACCAGCACACUCCUACAACUCAUUUACAUUCGAAUGGAGGUGAAUGGUAUGUACACCAGAGGGCUCUUAAACAAACUGGUAUAGUUUGGACUCCCAUCUCUCCUCCACUACACUGUAACAGACAUUCGGUUUGUGUACCAUCCUGCCCAGCUGUUCUGUUGUAGUCGUCAGUUCCUAUACUCGUGCAAGCUAAAAUAAUCAACUUCCUUAAUCCGGUUGUUUCUAGCCAACCUGCACAAUCUUCACUCAAAAAGACACCUCAGAUGUAAUGGUGCUUAUUUGGUUUGAACUGUUUGCCACACUGCUUGACACUGCCCCUUAGGUUUUUUGUUGGUACUGCAGCAUUUGGUCAUUUGGCAUUUGCUUCUGUUUGCUCCUUCAGAGGUUAAAAAAAUAUGGGGAUAUGUGCUUUCUGAGCUUUUUUGUAUUUGUCGUGUAAUGCUACAAUUUUCCCUCAGAAUCGUAUGCCAAUCGAGUGACAAUGUACAACAGCAAUCUAAGAUUCACAACCACAACCCGUCGUGAUAAUGGAGUGUACGACUGUGAGGUGUCUGGAAACGGGCAGUUUGGGGAAGUCCGAGUGAAGCUGACCGUUCUUGGUAAGGAUUGGUUGCUUAGUCUCAUAUACUCAUCUUUACUUUUAUUACCCACCCAGACUCUGUCCACUACAGUAAUAUCACCUAUGAUCUGAUGUUAAAAGUUGAUGUUUAAGUACCUAAAUAAAGGUUGUAAAAUACUCCACAUGCUAACUGACUGUUAUGUCUUGCAGUGCCUCCCUCUGCCCCCUUGUGCAGGAUCCCCUCUUCAGUAACAACAGGCAGGACAACCCUUUUGUCCUGCCAUGAUGCCGAUGGUUCCCCACCCCCUAAAUACAGGUGGUACAAAAACAACGUUCUCCUGCCCCCUGAACCUAGCAAGAUCGCCAACUUCAAAAACGCGACCUACAGGAUCAAUGUUGACAACGGCAACCUGGUCAGCUACAAGCUAUUACUAUCAUCUCCUAUUUCCUUGUGGAAUCUAAAGCCUUCAGAUUUCACAUCAAACUCUGUCUUCUUCCUCAGGAAUUUUCCAGAACAGCAAAGGCAGACUCGGGUCAGUACUACUGUGAGGCUGUCAAUGAAGCUGGGCCUGCUCAGCGCUGCAAAGGAGCAAAAAUGGAAGUCCGUAAGUGCUUUUUUUUUCCUUAAUGGAAAAACCCCGGAGGCUGAGCUGCUUUCUUUGUUGCCCCAGGGAAUCAAACACAGUAAAUGACAGACGGUUUGUUUAAGUAUCCUGUGGAUUUCAAACCACUUUGAGCUGAUAGAGUAUGCCACCCAUCUUUUUCAAGGACUAUAGACUGGUUAGUGUUCACUAUUAGAAUACACCCUUUGGUUUUAUUAUCCCUCAUAUUAUCAAGAUACUCUGAAUUUUUGAGGAAAAGAUUUAGUGAAUCUUUUGCAAUGUUUUAAACUUACUGCAUCCUGGUGUUUAGAUGUACUCAAGCUAAUGAGCUUCAAUGUGAUUUUUUUUUUUAAGGUGAUCUCAACACUGGAGGGAUUGUUGCUGGAGUUAUUGUGGGCCUGCUGUUAGUGGCUCUGCUGAUUUUUGGUCUUUGGUACGCCAACAAGAAAGGAUACCUACCCAGUGAGUUUUCAGGAAUUUUAUGUAAAAUCCUAAAUGUGAAGGCUGAUCUUUUUGUUGAUCAUUGUUGUAACAUGUCGCUGAUCUGAAUGGCAGCACAAGGGAAAGAGUUUGGAGUGGGGUGCUGAUGGAAAAGUUGCAAAUGAAGGGUUUCUUAAUUUAAAUAUAUAACUACUUGGAACAAAAUCCCUUUACUCUUGGUCAUACAAUGGAAGAACAAAAAGCUUGUGCAGUCACAUCCUUUAUAGAUUCACUAUCAACAAGAGAAUACACCUAAAAAUCCAAGUUUAUCUACAAGGUCAAAGACAAGAGAUCAAAAGAACAGCCAGUUUUAAUUCAAAUAAUGUGGCUGUAUGCAUUACUGGCAUUCAAAAGUCAUGACAUGAAGAAGAUUCAGCGUUAACUUAUGAUAAUAAGAACAAAAUAAUUUUUAUCACAGUUUGGUAAUUAUUUAGGAUCCCCUUUUUCUGGGAUGUCCCUCUGGCUUGUACCCAUACAUAAAUAAUGUUCACAUUUUGUGCCCUCUUUUUUUUUUCAGCUUGCAAAAUUUAAAGGUGUCCAGCUGUGCUGAAAACAAGUCCCUUUAAAUCUCUUUUAUUUCUAAUUCUUAAAUAAUCCUAAAGCUCAAUGUCUAAGAUUUAGGUGAAAAUUUGAUCAGCCAAAGUGAAUGAAUAAGAGAGGCUGUCACAAACACUGCAGUACAAUACCAUCACAGGCAGCUUCAUAAAAAAGGCAGACUGUUGCACAUCAUUUGCAUUUCUGUAAGUACUUCAUCUUACUGAUGUUUCUUUUCUUCUGUUCACAGAGAAGAGAGAAAGGUAAGAUUUUUUUAUGCUCUGUAAUGGAUUUAAGUAGAUAAUCCACAGAUUUAUAUGCUGUUCAGACUGACUUCACACCAUUUUCUCUGUGAAUGUUGCCUUCAGAUUACAUGUAUAAACUAGUCUCAACCCAUUUUGACAUGUUUGACUGAUUCUCCCUGCAGCAAACCAAAGCCCAGUGUGGUGUACCAGCCUACAACGAUGUAUGGCGGCGGCGAUGAUGAUGAUGUAAGUAUGGCCUGACUUUUCAAGUUUAAGGCAGUUGUGUUGUUUUUCUCACGCUCCUGUAAUACAAGAAUAAAAUGUGUGUCUAUAAUCUAUAUUUGUCGAGUUUUUACUCGUAGGAAUAUGCUUCAGUUCUGAUAUUUGAUGUUUUUGUUUUUUAGGGGGAAUUCAAACAGAAGUCAUCAUUUGUGGUAUAGUCUGAAUCAAACACCCACGACAGAAGAACACCUCGGUUUUAAGUGUCUGCCAGCGCUGGAUUUUCCUCAAGUUCUCAGGAACGUCGGCUUUUAAAUUUGAUGUCAAGAUGCAGUUUUCUUUUUAUUGACCAGUGUGAUUGUAUGAGUUUGAACUGCGUGCUUUAGUGUUUUCAUAUGCAUUGACUUGUGCUCCAAGGUAACAUGAAAUGACUUAAUAUUAACAGGUAGAAGACCUCUUAUUUUCUUUUGAGAUCAGAUAUUUUUACUUAAAUGUUAGUAUUGUGUGUGUUGUGUGCAUCCCAUUUUCUGUUCUUUUUAAGAACACCUUUUUUUAAACAUGUUUUAAUGAUACCACUCAUUGUGAACAUAUCAAAUCCAUGUUAGUUUCUUAUUUAAGUGGACACAUGAAGUACUAUAGACACAACUAUCCACUGAAAAGGCUAUGGUUUUGAUAAAAAAAAAAGUUAGUCAGAUUUUUUUUUAUCCUAUCUUAGUUUGAAAUAAUGAUAGCUCCUGAAUAACCCAGCUGAGUGGCUAGCAAUCUGUUGUUUUACUGUUUUCAGCUAACAAAUACCUUUUUGUACAGUACUCUCUCUAACAAGUUUGUCACUUUUCUCCUUGUAAAUAAAACAAUUUUACAUCUAAAAUUUAGAAAUAAAUUGACACUGUUUCUAAGA